ACGAACGGAGACUACAUCGCGAUGCGACAGAAAUUUUGGAAAUUGCGUCGAUCAAUCUUUGGAACUCUCCUCCGUAGUGGUGAUCCCUGAUGGUAAAUUAUUAUUAUAUUUUUCCUCGAGCGCAAUCGACGAUUCUAACCAAGUGACGAUCAAAUAAACGGUCGAAUCGUUUUAAUGUAUCCUUACAACAACAUUUCUGACAAUUUUUCUGUGCAGGAUAAUCUGCUGCUUAAAUCUUAAAGGAGAGGGUAACUAUUCUAUAGAGAUGGAACGAUGGAAUUGUCCGGACUUCUAAACACAUUGGGACGUAGCUUCCAUUUAAUGUCUGUUGUCCAACAACUUUUAGCUUGAAACAAGAAUGCUCUCAGUUUCUACUGCUUGGGUAUGAUUAAAAUGUUACUAACAACGGUCUACUUUAAAAAUUGCAUGCGGGACAUGUUAUCGGUUACUCUGGAUUGACAAACUCGUUCCUCUCGUCUUCCUUGUUAUCGUUCUUACCUACAACCAAGUUCCCUCUAAUAAAAAUAUAUUUCUCAGUCUCUAUAACGUACGUAUCAUGUACAUGAUCAUCGCGUUGUAACCGAUUUUAUUUAAAUCCCUGUGUCAAAGCCUUUGUGUAUGUGAUCACUGAAAUUCUAUAUUCAUGAUUGGAAAUGGUUCAUUGGCAGAUACAUUUACUGUGACUCAAGCUAUAAACGCAUUGGGAUUUGGAAAGUUUCAAGUCAAGCUAUCUUUGUUUACUGGCCUUUGCUGGAUGGUAGACAGCAUGGAAAUAACGAUAUUGAGCAUUCUGAGCCCAUCCUUGCACUGCGAUUGGGGCAUAACUAGAUAUCAACAAGCUUUGACGACUACGGUGGUCUUUUUAGGUAUGAUGCUAAGUUCUACGUUUUGGAGUAAUUUAAGUGACAGAUAUGGCAGCAAACAAUCCUUGACAUUGUGUGCAAUAUUAUUGUUCUACUACGCUUUCUUAAGCUCCUUCUCACCGAAUUUCCUUUGGAUUCUAUUACUCAGAGGACUGGUUGGGUUUGCCAUUGGCUGUGUACCACAGUCGGUAACGCUGUACGCAGAAUUUCUUCCAUCGAAGCAAAGAGCAAAAUGUGUCAUCUUAUUAGAUUGUUUUUGGGCCCUCGGUGCUUGCUUCGAAGUGGCGAUAGCAUUGGCGGUCAUGCCAACGUUCGGUUGGAGAUGGCUUCUUAUUUUGUCGACGAUACCGCUCCUUGUAUUUGCUGUCAUCACCCCGUGGUUGCCAGAAUCGACAGCGUUCGAUAUGACCAGCGGUAGAAUGGACAAGGCCGUUUCAACGCUGGAGCGGGUAGCUAGAGAAAAUAAAAAGCCUUUACCUCCAGGAAGAUUGGUCAUGGAUCGCUUUUACCAAGUGAUGAAUCACGGUAAACUAAGAGACGUAUUAAGCAAAGAAAUGUGUAGAACGUCUACCCUGCUUUGGCUCGUAUGGAUGAGCACAGCGUUCUGUUAUUACGGCGUUGUAUUGAUGACCACGGAACUGUUUCACACGUCGUCCGAGCAGUGUGCCGGUAUUUGGGAAGACAAGAAUGGGAAGGGGACCUGUCAGCUCGACUGUCGUUUGGAACGUAGUGAUUACAUCGAUCUUCUCUGGACGACGCUGGCCGAGUUUCCCGGGAUCUUCUCGACGAUCUUCGCGAUCGAGAAGAUCGGUCGUAGGAAAACGAUGGCGUUUCAGCUGGUCAUGUUUUCCGUGCUCAUCUGUCUCCUUGGUAGAACAUGCCUGCUGAGCAGGACAGCUUUGACGCUGGCCAUCUUCUUGGCCAGAGGCUUGAUCGCUGGUGUAUUUCAAGCGGCUUACGUUUACACUCCGGAAGUAUACCCGACUCAUUUGCGUAGCACCGGAGUCGGUACGUGUAGCGCGAUGGCUAGAAUCGGUGCGAUGGUCACCCCGUACAUAGCACAAGUGUUCCUUCAAUGGUCCAUCACUGGAGCGAUGGCAAUAUAUGCCGUGGCUGCACUGUGCGCUGCCGCUGCUACUCUGGCUCUGCCUGUAGAACCAAAAAAUUCGGCGUCGAACGGUACUGCUCAGGAAACGAGGUGAACUACAAUGUCCUUCUCGCUCUCUAAACUGCCACUUCUACUCCCUCCCUCUGUUCAUCGACGACGACGACGACGAUGCGGGUGUAGUAUGGCACCGUGUCGAGUACUCGCGUUGUUAAUGAUGUUCGAUUGCUUCGGCACUAUUACGUUCAUAUACACGUUCAUCAGAUUAAGUUAACAAGCUUGGCGGACAAACGAUUAUAUUUACAUUAAUGCUACUUUA